AAAAAUUUUUCAGAGUGACACAAAAUGUAUCCAAUCAAAAUAUAUAGUUUCCUCCCUCUUCUGUUAUCCUGUCCAAUCACCGGCGCUCAACAUUUAAGCCCCGCCUACAUGAUAUGACGCUCACGCGGGCUUCCUGGGGGUUGUGGGCGCUGAUCUUUUGUAUGAAGUACGACUGAAAAAACAACUUUUGGCGACCAACGUGAAGCAUGGUGGUUCUGGACCGAACAGUUGGACUUUUCGGUGAGUCUGGGCUCAUUUUAAAGCCGGGGCUGGCGCUGGAGAACAGCUGUUCAAACGUCGUCCCCUUGGAGAACUGAACAAACGGACUCUUCCCCCACACUCAGAUGGUCUUAACCUGAGCGGACUCUGAAGAAAGAUGGCUGAUAGUUUUUACAAACUGGAGGAUGAAGCCUUCCCCAGUUUCCUCAGCAGGACGUUGGACAGCACCGGCGGCCGUGCCACCCUCAGCAACGUGACUUUGGGCUCGGGACCCGGACUGCCCGUGGCCGCAUCCACCGUGGCUAAAAUUAGACCCGGGACCGACAACAGAGAGGAUGUUGAGGCAUCAUAUCUUCAGGGCAAAGAUGUGCAGGAAACCAACCAGUCAUCUGUUGGAGAACAGCCCAGGUUUGCCCUCAGCUUUAAAGAUGACUUGGACAAUGCAGAAGACUUCAUUGCAGCUCACCGCCUCUCAGACGUGCUGGUGAAGAUCAGCCUGGAUGAGAGUGCACCCAGGAGUCGGAGCUCUGGGUUCGGUGUUCCUGUGCAGACGGGCUCAGUGUGUGGUCAGCCCACAGAGGUAGCAACAGAUCUGUCAACAGGCCUUCUGACGUUUGCCCAGUUUGGGCAGAAGAGUGGUGCAGACACAAAGGUCUUACCUGCUGCGGCUGAGGAGGACAAUGUGCAGAGCGAAGGAGUUGAGAGCGACCGUUUCAGUGGAAGUAACUCAAGCUUCCUGGCCAAUGAGCAGCUCAUGUCUGUGGACAGCAUGAACAGCGACAUCACAGAUGAUGAUGACACUGGUUUAAACAACCUGCCUGAAGAUCAACUGGAGCUGUACUUCAGUAAACUGGUGCCUCCUGCCAUGCAGAGAGGAAGAGUGGAGGGGCAAGAGAUCCCUGUUACAGGAGUGGGCGGUGGAGCUGAUGAUGUAUCAGAAGCCAGCUGUCUGGAGGCAGAACAGCGUCGACACCAGUUCUUGGAUCUCUAUGACCAGGAGGAUUUCCAGAUGCCGGAUGUGCGUCUCGCUGCUACAGGUAUGGACUCUUGUCCAGCCAGUGAUGAGGACACCGAGGACGAGUUGGAAACGGCAAGGAGCAGUUCUACCAGGACGCGACUGCUGCCAAGCACCUCCAGACAGCUGGUUGGUGAAAGUAACCAUCCAAGUUUUAGACCUGGCUUAGAAGGAGGCAGUUCAGAUGACGAGUCUUCUGCUGGACGUGGAGGUCCAUCACUGCUUCCUGGAAUAGAACACAGACGGUCUGCUGAAGGACAGGUCAUCAACUCUCCUGUUGCAGGGGCUGGAGGAGGUGGAGACGGGAGCAGUGGCAGUGAGGAAAGUGGGAACGAUGGAGGAGUUUCAACCAUCCCUCUUGCAGUCAGCAGUGUUCAGACCACCUAUGAUGCCCUGCGUGGUCUGGGCAUUGUUGGGAGCAGUCUCAGCAGUGGAGAUGAGGAUGCUGAAAAUCUGAAUGAUCUGCCUGAACGUGGAAGGAUUCAUCUUCCCAGAUACACAGAGAUGGGUGACCGCAUUGGUCCAGUGGGAACAGGAGAGGCCAGCUCCUCUCUGGUCGUGUCGCAGAGACUCGCCGCCAACCGGAACAUGGCGCAGGAGCGACAGGAGGCUUUGGAUGUCAUGGAGAGCAGCGACUCUGGGCCUGCAGCCGACCAUACGCUGGACUCUGUUUACUUAAGAAGACCCGAAGAAUCAGCAAACCUGCCAGUUUCUCCCCAUCAGGAGAGCUACCAGCUCCUCUCCCAGGCACCGCUCCUUGAUUGUGACAAGGACGAGGAAGAAGAGGGUCUAGAUGAGCCUGACGGGGCUCGGCCCUCUCUGGCUUUGAGGGGCGGGCCCUGUGGCACCGUGCCAGCUUCUGAGGCCUCGGACGGCUCCAGCGACGAUGGCAAUCUCCUUUCCACUUCUCUGGAACCUAAAUAUUUCUCCCAGAGCUUCAACCAGGAACAGGACGAUUCAGACGAAGGCUGGAACUAUGGUCCCGACAACCUGGAGCAGGAGUUUCAGCAAGGAGGCAACGCUACUCACAGUGUAGUUUAUCAGAACGAGGAAGGACAGUGGGUCACUGACCUGGCCUAUUACGCCAGCUUUGAGAAGGAGAUGGAAGGGAAGAUGGUGGAGAAUGAGGAGCAGCUUCAGCACGAGGAUUUUCUACCUGCCAGUGAAGCUAUGGAUAAAAUCUUGAAGGACCAGGAAGAGUUUGAAAAGGAGCACCAGUUCAUGCAGGAAGAGCAGAUCCAACCAGCCUGCAGCAGCAGCAUCUUACACGAGUCGUCGUGGAAGGCUCCCACCAACAGCUCCAUCCUGAUGAGAGCCUCCCAGGUGUCCUCGGAGUUCAGGCAGGGAGAUGAAAGUUACCUGCGGUUGUCUUUGGGACAGUUUUUCGGGCAGCGCUCUGAAGCCCUGGGCUGUCUGGGAAGCACCGAUGGGGAUGAAGUGAAACGGCCCUCUUUUGGCUACAUCAUCACCUCUCCAGAGAAGCGGGAACCCUUUCCUCUUAUUCGCCCAUCAGAGUUCUCACCUGAACACGGCUCUCCGAACAACGCCACAGUAGAACUCUGUGAAGCUGACAAAACACUCAGCCCAGAGGACUUGGACAAAACUUUUGAUGCGACAAGUGAAAGGAAGCCGCCGAGAGGGAGUACGGGGCGUAGUGGAUCAGAGCACCGCGCCGUCGGAGCGGCCCUCCUGGGUAACCACAGCGGUGUGUCUCCUGACAGCAACAGCAGUCAGCUGAUGCUGAGUAUCAGCACGAUCGCUUCAGCCAUAGCCAACGCAUCCAUCAGCACCGACCCAUCGCAGCUGGCCGCCAUGAUCAUGGAUCUGUCCAAGAAGAGGAGGGCGGGGAAUCGGCCGGAGUCUGGCGGCAGCAGCACGGAGGAACCCACCGAUGCUAGAAAGGCGUUUCCUGAUCUGGAUCACAGUGCCCGUGUUGGAGACGUUAGUGCCUUUGACAUAGAGAAAUACCUGAAAAAGGGUGACAUGUCUGGCACCAGCGACUCCUCUGAGGGACACACGACCUUUGACCUGAGUGCUUGGGCUGACAGUCAGAGCAGCUCCCAGAGGAACGCUCAGGCGGGAUGUUCUGUGAAGCAGGGCAGAGAAACUCAGGAGUUCCCUUCCAGUCCAAGAGCUGAGGAGAAAGACAAAAUCAGUGAUGUGACAGUCGAAACUCAAGGCUCCUCUGCUGCGCCGGUGUGUAAAACCCUGUCGGCAGCCAAGAGUGGUGUUUUAAAGAGAAGCUCCAUUCCUCGUCCAUCCCUCAGCUCUGUGGGAAAGCCGGUGGAUCCAAGACGUUCUCCCUCUCACAAGUCUCCUGACAAACGGAAGGUAGCUGCUGCUUCUUUUAACAGGACUAGUAGCUCUGCAGGUAGGACCUUCGUAGAAAAGGAAGUCGCGAUGGGAGAAGUGGACCUCCUAACAUCAAAUAUGAGUUCUUCUGAAUCCACUCCUAACAAGGAACAGAGCUCUUCCAGAACCUCCCCAUCAUCUCAGAGGAUGAGGAAUGUAGGUCAGGAGCUCCGGGACAAGCCCAACGAGUCUCCAGAGAACAAACCUCCUGCUCUACCUCAUAACCCCACCAACGAGCAUUCUGGUAUCUCUGGUCAAACUUCUCCUCAAGACCCUUCAUCUGGAGUUCUGAACUGUUUUCCAGAGCUGAAUAUGGAGCAGUGCAGUUUUAGACCAUCCACCUCCCCUCUCACCCACUCCUCCCCCAGUCAGCCUUCCAUUCCUGGUGCUGACAGCGCGCGUUCACCCUCAUCUAAAGCGGGUCUCUCAGACAGACGUCCUGACCUCUCACCUGAGUCUACCUGCUCCAGCCCCAGCCUCAGCAGACUCACUUACAUCUCACUGAAUGAUGGCACCGUGGUGCCCUCAUCUGACCGGCACGAGCGUGGCUCUUCUGUGAAUCUGAGCACCACCAUCGUCAGAUUCAGUCCCACUCCUCCAGUAGAAGCAGAUGGACCGUCGAACCUGGAUGUUGUUGGUGCACCCAGGAGCCUCAGUAAUGCUCAGCCUGAACACUGUAAAAGUCUAGACCCCCUCCCAGCACGGCGGUGUAAAAGCCCAGAGCUCCCACGCAGCGGCUCCGCUCUGAGCUGCACCUGCAGCCAGAGCGGAGGUUCAGCAGGAAGCAGGAGCCACAGGCCCCUUUCUGACUCCAACGUACGGAAGCUCUCCAAGAUGGACUCUGGCUACAGCAGCAAUCUGAACAUUCAGCAGCCAAGCAGCUCAGCAGCUCCUCCGGGUUCCCAGUGGGGCCUCCGCAUGCCUCCGCCGUACUCCGCUGAGGGACUUCAUUACGUCCCAGUCCCCAGCUUUAAGCCUCCAUGUUCUGGUGUGAUUGAUCUUCCUCACAAAGAAGAUAUUCAGUCCCUUCUUAGUAGACGUUCUCUUGUCAACGCCCAAAUACCUCUGCAGUAUUUGGGUCCUGACGUUCCUCUGCAUCCUGGUGCUUUUCAUGUGGGUCCUACAGGAAACGGUGUCUACGGUGUGUCCUCAACAGGCAUCUCAACCAGUGAUCUAACUCUACGACACCUUCGCCCCACAUCAGGACCCCUGGGGAUCCCCGGAGCUGCCGGGUCUCAUCCCCUCCCGAUACCACAUCAGAGUCGGCAUGAAAUGGGAAUGAUGGGGAAAGCGUACGGUCACUACGGUGGAGAAGCUCUGGUCACAGGUGGCCUGGAGGACCUGAGAGGUCAAGUGGUGGUACCUGAAGAGCUUCGGUUCCCUCAUGCCUGCUGCGUUGGCAUUGCCUCCCAGACGUCCCUCAGCUUGUUCAACCCGUCUGAGAGAUGGCAGCAAGUUUCCAUCACUGUUGUCAGUCUUGCCAUUGAUGGAGAGAAGGUGGACGGCUUGCUUUAUCAGUGGUUGAUGGUGAAAAACAAGACUAUUAUUGGCCCCAAGAGUACAGAGGAGCAGAAAGUGUUGUUCGUCCCUCCUCAGCCUGGAGUCUACCAGUUUAUUCUGAGUGUCUGCUCCUGGCCUGCGUCUGCCGAGGCGGAGUUGGCUGCUAGAGCUAAUCUGUUUGCUAGAAGAGUGGUUCUCGUUGCUGUUGCAGAGAAUCCCGCCUUAGAGAUCCAAGUGAACACAUCUGGUUGUUUGGAUUUUGGAGACCUGCCAGGAGGUGGCGCUAAGUGUCUUCCCCUGAGAGUGCUGAACAGAAGCCACGUUACAGUACCCAUACGACUGGUCAUCAGUGCGAAUGCCACCGCAUGGCGAUGCUUCACCUUUUCCAAGCAGCCUGUUACCAUGACAUCUGAGGUGACCCAGCAGGCAGUCACCUCUGCGUCGUCUCCGUCAGUGAUGAAUCACGUGAUGCACGCCAGCUACGGAGAGAAUCCCGAGAGCUUCACGGUCUGGGUUCACUUCAAGGCUCCUCAGAAGUUCGUAGCCUCUUCAGAAGAUCUUGGUCCAGCUGAUGAGUACAGCGCUCGGGUGGACGUUGAAGUGGACUCUCCCGGUCCGAGUCAUGUCAUCAGGAGUGUUCCACUCAAGGCCCGGUCUGGGACUGCAAGGGUCCAUGCUCCUAAGGACCUGCAGACCGUCCACCUCUGUGCCCCAGAGGGGAAACGAAGUGAGCAGACGGUUCCACUAAAGAAUGCAGGAAACAUUGAUGUAGCGCUGAAACUAAAGAUCAAUGGCAACGAGGAGGAUUUCUCUGUAACACCCAGUGAACUGUCCCUGAGUGUGGGCGAAGAACGAGGCAUUACGGCGUCUUUCAAAGCACAAAGCAACAGGAAACGUAAAGAAAGCCUCCUCACCAUCCUGGUGCUCCCGUCAGGACCUCAGUACGAAGUGACGCUGAAGGGAGAAGCAGUCUCUCCUGGCUCCAGGAAACCUGGACCUCCCGCUUUGUCCGGCGACGUCCCACCGAUUCUCUCCAACAAGCAGUUUGUGGCCUGGGGAGGAGUCACACUGGGAAGAGCUGUCCAACAGAAGCUGGUUCUGAGGAACAACUCCACCAGCAGCACUCAGCAGCUGCGCUUGCUGAUUCGUGGUCAAGACCAAGACUGCUUUCAGCUCCAGAGUAUGUUCAGCCCUGACGAGUGCCUGACCCGACACGGAGAGCUGUCCAUUCGACCCGGGGACGAUGUGACGGUCCACCUGCUCUUUGCUCCCACCAGGGUGGCUUGCAUGUUGGCCAAGCUGGAGAUCAAGCAGUCUGGGGUUCGGCCUUCACAACCAGGAGUCAAAUUCAUUAUCCCUCUCUCUGGCUACGGCGGCACUAGCAACAUCAUCCUGGAGGACCAGAGGAAAUGGGGCGAUGGCUAUGUGGCAACGCUGACCGAUGUCGCUGUCGGUCGUGUCAGCAAAGCGUGUCUGUGUGUGAGGAACACGGGCUCCAGAGCAGCGUUCAUCAAAGCUGUGGCCUUCUCGGAUGUAGCAACCCGAUCCGUUGUUGAGCCCUCCGUCAUCAGCCUGGCCCCUUCGCAGUUUGUUCUGAAGGAGAGGACACAAGAGGUGAUCACUGUUCUGAUGAAAUCCACCCAGCGAGAACGGAGCCUGUGUGAGUCAGCUGAAGCCCCUCUCGCCACAGUCUGCCUGUUCUGUGGAGACGAGGUCUCCAGACAGCAAUACAGGAGGCUGCUUCAGAGUAAACCCGAAGCUGCACAGAAAGCCCUGUCUGAGAACAGUCUGCUGAAAAUCAUCAAGUUCUACGAAAAGUUCCUGGGAGAGGAAAUCAUCAAAGAGGACAAUGACUUGCCCCUACGGCCGAACGAGGCCCACAUCUUCUACAGCAGCAUGAGUAAGGUGUUGGUCUCCCUACUGGGACAGAAGAGCACCAGCUGUGAUGAGGAGCAGAGCAGCAAGCUGCUGCUGCCCGCUGUUGGGCACGACUCGGAGGCUGAAGGGUCCCAUCACCCAUCAGAUACCAGCAGCUCACUUGUGUUACCAAAUGGCAGUGUGUCUCUGGAUGUGCUGCCCGUGAGAGGUCCACAGGGUCCGGCUCUGAGAGUCUCAGAACCUUCCUCAGAGGUUACCCAGUCCGAGUCCUGGACCAUCCACCCACAGCAGCUGGUCCUCGCAGCUCCCACCAUCAACGGGCCAUCCAGCACCAGCCAGGUCCAGAUUCAAAACAAUUCUUCCAGAGAGCUGAACUUUGAUUUGUCCUGGCCGGCUCACUGUCUCACCGUCACGCCACAGCAUGGACGUAUCGAGCCUCAGAGCCACCUGCAGAUCUUGAUCAGCCCCAACCCUUCACUGGCCAGCAGAAGCACCCCGCUGCCCUGGAGUGGACAGAUGUAUCUCCAGUGUGAUGGUCAGCAGAAGUUGAUUAAGGUCCAGAUACGGCGGGACCUGGCUCUGGACGUGUCUGCGGCCCCGACAGAUCCAGCUCUGAUGGCCCUGUCUCCUCAGGCUGCUACACCUGUGCUGCCCGUGGCCAGGAUUAGCAGCCAGCCCUCGUUUACUCCACAGCCAUUUCAGGUGGAAAUCGGCAACAAGACCGUCACUUUUCCCACAACCCCUUCAGGAGAAACAUCAGAGGCCCAGCUGGAGGUGCAGAACGGAGAAGUGGAGGUGAGGUGGUACCUGUCGUCGUUUGCUCCUCCAUAUGUCAAGGGAGUUGAUGACACUGAAGAUGUUUACCGAGCCACCUACACGGCUUUCAGAUGUUCCAGAGUGUCUGGAACUCUGGGCGCCAACCAGAAGAUGCAGGUUCCUGUGACCUUCCUCCCCAGAGAGAGAGGCACUUAUGUCCAGUUCUGGGACUUGGAGUGCCAUCCUGUGUCUGAUCCUCAGCAGAAGACCAGGAUCCGCUUCCAGCUCUCUGGCACGGGAUUAAGGUCUGGACCUUUGGAAGGACCCCAGGAAGGAGACUGUUCCCUGGUGAGGACAGAAACCACGGCUAAGAGCAGGAAGAGGGCUGACUCUUCAGCACCCAGAACCAGCCAGGAGGAGGCUGUGCGGAGGGGUGUGUAUUCCCCCCAGGAUCUGUACACCUUCCCAGACACGCAUGUGGGCGAGUCCAGCACUCUGAAGGUCAACGUACGCAACAACUCCUCUGACACGCACGAGCUGAAAUUUGUAAAACCCAUGGAGCCCUUCCACAUGAAGCAUCUGGAAUAUUCCCUGAGGUCACAGCAUUACGUGAAGCUGCCCGUCCAGUUCAAGCCCACCACAGCAGGGAGACACACCGGCGUCCUGCUUGUCCAAUCAGAAACCAGUGGAAGUCUUGUUGUUCAGCUGAGCGGUGAGGCGCUGCCUUGAGACACGCGGACUGUUGCUGGCUAUGAAGAGCUGCUGCCCAGCCCAGCACUGCGGGGCCAGGAUAGUUUUUGACAUUUUCCUCUGUAUUGGGUCUUUGAUUCAUCCUUCUAGUUGCGUCACAAGGCAGCGUUGUUGCCACAGGCCCGUCCGACAGAAGCAGAACCAGCUCAGAUGGGUUUGGGUCCUACAGAAAUGCCUUUGUUCCUCGUUUGGUAACAGAGCUGCAGAGAUUUUUUGAUCUGCUCAAUGAAAAAGAAACCCUUUGUCUCCAUUAUGAAUGUAAAACAGCCACUAGAGAUUUGGAAGUCUGUUCUGGGUCUGCCCACAUUUCCUAAGACUUUUCUGAUGGUUUUGUGUUAUUGCGAUUUCUAUGGAGACGACUCUUCCAUCGGGCUGAACCCACCUGUACCGUGGUCUUUAUCAGCACCGUGUGCUGACGUCCCAGCAGCCUCCGAGUCUCGUUCCAAACCGUCCAGAUGCACCUAAUUUAGUCCUGAUGGGGCAGCUUGCAGCGACGUUGGGAUGGCUAGUGGUUGUGAUUGCAUGCCCAGAGUUCCCCUUUGGGGCUUUCCUACAGUGUCUGCCAGGCCUGCUUGGUGUGGUUUCCAUAGCAAACCAACGUUGGUCACUGCUCCAGUGGCAGAACAUUCACUCCAAGUUUCCUGUUUUGGCUCUAAGGCAAGUCGCCAGCAUGGCUGGAGGGUUCACAUGUGUGUGUUCUGGAUGAAUUGUGUGGAAACGUCAUUGAGGAUGAGAAUCACACCAAUGUUCAGCAUUAUGUACCUGCAUGCUAGCAGGUUUUACUAUGAAGGGGUCUGUUCUAGGUAGCUCCAGCAUCCAUCUGGAGACCAGCGGACUCAGUCUGCACUGUUAUGUAAUAUGUAUGACACAUUUUUAAAUAAAGUUUGAGGUUUUUUUCA